AUGUCAGAUUAUCAAACUUUGUUGAAAUCAAUAAAAGAUAAAGGAAUUGUUUUCACAUCAUCUAAAGAUGUCGAAGCCGUUGUAGAAUACGCAAGAAAUGGUGCGAGAAUUCUCGUAGGAUGUGAAAGCGAGGAAUCAGCGCAGAAAUUCCAAGGGAUUGAUAACGUUAAAACUAGUCAACUCAACGUCAGUGAUUUCGGACAACUCGCAUCCUUCUUUGACAACGCUCUGAAAUAUCUCGGUAACGUUGAUAUAAUCGUAGCGAACUCAACACGUAGAGAAGCACAGAACAUAUUUAGUAUUGAGAACAAAACUCCUACGAGUCAAAAACCAGAUUUGUCUAUCGUGAACAACAACGUAUAUGGAAUUCUCUACACUGUACAUACUGGUGCUAAUGCUUUGAGAAAGAAUCCAAGCAAUGAUAAGGCUAUUGUUUUCGAUGGUGAUGGUGACGCUGGACCUGUAGACAUCGAAAACGCGAUUUUGCAUGCUUCACUGGAGCCUAAUUUCUCAUGUACUCACGCUAUGUUCACCUCAGGUGUUUCAGAAGGCUGGAGAUCCAAUAUCAUCAAUCCAAAGCAGGCACUCGACAAAGAUACACUCGCUACCGCUGAAAAGUACGACCUCACCGGUGUAGAAAAUGAAAAAUUCUCACGGAGGCAUGCAAUCCUCGUUGCAGCAACUAUGCAAUCCACGCCUGCCAGUGUAAUCGUCGAUGAGACCGGAUUAUCUACUAUACCUCACCCAAUCAUCAGAAUGUACGGUAUUGAAAAACUCAAAAUGAGACUUCGCAUAUUGGGUAAAAUUGCAGUAGCUGUACGCACCGGUAAGGUCAAGAAGUGGGCCACUGCUGCCUUAAUUUUUGGAUGUACAACAGCUCUCGCUCGUAGAUUUUUAUAG